AUGUAUACCUCGUUUAAAUACUUAUUAACAUUAUCAACUGCAAUGAUUGUUUGCGUUCGGAGUGAUGAUUUUAUAUACGAUUAUUUUGUGUAUAAAAAUGUACGAGGUAUGACAGUAUUCUCAUGCGAAGAUCCGGAAAGUGAUUACGCUAUAACGAGAAAAAUGAACGAAUUAAACAUCUUUGUUGGUGUUACUCAUCCCCAAUCAUUCUCUUAUGACAUAAUUCAUCAAGUAAAGAGAAAAGGCAAUUGGGCCGUAGGACUGUUGCUCGAUACACGCUGUCAGACGUCGGAAACAACUGGAAAAAUUAUUACUCAACGAGCUCAGGCAACUGAGAACCAUCUGUACGAAGGAAUUCAUGUCUGGCUCAUGAUCGCCUCUAACUUCGACGAUGUAAUGUCACUCCUAAACGACGCUUCGUACAGUCCAAUGACCGAUCUAGUUAUCGCUAUAGAAAUUGAUAUUGGCUACGAGCUCUACGAUGUUUAUAAUCCUUCAAAAUCAUCCGGAGGAAUAUUGAACGUCACGAAACUGGGUACCUGGGAUACCGGAAAUGGAUUAAUUAUCACGCUCACACAGGAGAAGUUUUAUCGAAGGUCAAAUUUGCACGGAAUGAAAAUUCGAGUCGGCUGGGUCGUUAAAUACCGACCGGUUGGAAUAGCAAUCGAAGAUCAUCUACAGGAUUACAGAAAAAAGAAUGAAGAUCCCGUUAGCAAAUAUGGUUAUGCCGUAGUUCAACUCCUAGCAGAUCUUUAUAACUUCACAAUGGAACCGCAUUUAUGGGACGAAUGGGCUGCAACAAUCAACGGCACGGAAAGGGGAAUGAUGGUAGAAUUGUCAAAGGCCAAAAUUGACAUUGGGGGUAGCCCUUGCUCAGCUAACUCGAGAUAUGCUCCCUACGGACAUAUAUCAGCGCCUGGAUAUCCAUACAGAACCUUCUUCCUACUAAGAUCGAAUGUUGAAAAAUUGAAGUGGACCGAGCUCUUGACUCCCUUAGCAAUCGACUCAUGGUAUGCGACAUUCGUUGCAUCUCUUCUCAGCGUUAUCAUCAUCAGUACUAUCCAAAUGACAGAGUAUCGCGAAGGUUGGUUGGUCGAAUGCGGGCACGCUACUUUCGCCACAAUCGGAGUUUUAUGCCAACAAGGCUUAGUCUUUGUCCCCAACAGACUAGCUGGUCGCGUGGCUCUGUUCUUUCUUCUGAUUUUCGGAGUGUUACUCUUCAAUUAUUAUGGAGCGAGUGUCGUUUCAGCGCGUCUUAGCGAACCACCCGAUAAAAUGAACGAUUCUCUCUAUUCUCUUGCCAAGAGUCAAAUGAAGGUGGCAUCGGAACCAUUUUUCGUAGUUGACGACAAUUUGAAUUCUCGAAGUUUGGUUGAUUGGGAAGUUCGAUAUUUCAAUGAAAAAGUAUGGAAGAAAUUGGGAUCCUCAAGAUAUGAAAAGUUGGAAAAAGGUUUGAGCAAAGUAGCACAGGGUGGAUACGCUUACCAUACAUCAGCUGAGGUGGCUUACCCUUACGUCGACACGCAUUGGGACGACGAGGCAAUUUGCGACAUGACAGAAAUUCACGUUAUUACACCGAGGUUCUUGAGUUUCUGGGACAGGAUUGAUAGUCCUUUCACUGAAAUGAUCAAAAUAGGAUUCAUCAAAGCUCUCAACAUGGGACUGCAAAAACGUAACAUAAAACGGUGGAAACCAAAAAUCCCAUACUGCUCAUCAACCGCGCGAUCCCUGCAAAGUAUCUCAUUAUUCGACAUUGCGCCUGCCAUUAUGUUUCUUAUAAUUGGUACGACGGUUGCGUUAACGAUAUUUGUAUUCGAAAUAAAAUUAUACAAAAAGCAUACGACAAGGUCGGCAGGGCCUGAAAUCUCUAAAAUCGAGCGCACCGGUGGCAAGAAAACUUUGCUGAGAUCUUGAAAGGUUUUUACGCAAACCUGUAAACCAAUAGUGCCACUGAGCAAUUGUGAAAACCAGUUGAUUGUAAUAUUCGUUCGAAUUCACAUUGAAAAUUCAGUGUAAAAAAAUCGAUUGAAACUGAAGCUGCUUUUAAGAGUAAAAUUCUUUUU